UUUUCAAAGAUAGUAAUUAAUUUUCCAAUAAAUGAAUAAUCAAAUGGGAAUGAUUGAUUUCCAAAAUCAAAUUGUUCCAAACAACAAUCCUCCUAAUCAGAAUGUAGCACCAAUGCCUCAAUUAACAUUACAAACGCCACAAACUCCAAGCAAUGCUAUUGCUGGAGGACCAAAUCCUAACACAGUUGGAGGAUCAAUGAAUUCUCAACAAAAGGAGUUUAAUGUUUUAUCACUUUGCCGGGUUGGUCAAGAAACUGUUCAGGAUAUACUCUCAAGAUUUCAAGAUAUUUUUGGAAUAUUAAAGAAUCAUCAGCCACCAAAUGGAUUACAAGGAAGUGGACCUAUGUCAUCUGAUAAGCGCCAGAAAAUGCAAGAUCAAUUCAGAACAAUCAGACUUCUUUUUAAACGAUUACGAUUGCUCUAUGACAAAUGUGAUAGUGCUGAAGAAUUCAUUCAAGUUGAAACUCUAAUUCCGUUUUAUGAUGAUGAAAAUAAACCAGACACUGUUCCCGUUCAUUCUGAAGAAUAUGAACGUGCAAUCAUUGAGAACCGUGAAUUAACAGAAGUCCUUGCUCAGAAAAAUCUGCAAUUAAAAGAAAUAAUCGACAAUAUUAGAAGCAUAAUUUGGGAGAUAAAUUCGAUGAUGGCUGCAAGAAAGUCAUAAUUUCAUUGAUUACAACAUUGAGACGUAAUUUAUAAACUUACCCAUUUUUAAGGUUAAAUUUGUUGUAUUUUUUCUAUUUUUUUUAAAGAAACAGCGAAAACUUAUUUAAUAAAGAAAAUUAAAAAUCAAGA